AUGGCCCCUCCGCGCGACCCCUUCCUCUGCUACUCCUCCCUCCACGCCCUGCUGCAGAUGCUCUUCCCGGCGCCGCCCGUCACCACCACCCGACCUCCUCGUCGCCUCGCUAGAGUGGCCGCGCAGCCCUGUUCCUCCGACCGAGCCCCGGGCUUCGCGGCGACGGGGCCUCACUCGCUCGCUAGGGCUUCCAUAGAUUACGUAGCGGCUGCGUCGUCUCCUCCUCCACUCCGCUCUAUAAAAGAGCCCUGCGUCCGCGGCGCCACUCCACUUCCACCACCACCGCCCGGCGAGAGGAGAGCAGAGGAGGAGCGAGCAGCCGGCGGCGAGAUGAUGCAGAUCUUCGUGAAGACGCCGACCGGGGAGACCGUGACGCUCGAGGUCGAGAGCUGCGCGGCCGUCGACAGCGUCAAGGCCAAGAUCCACGACAAGGAAGGUAUCCAGCCGGACCAGCAGCGCCUCAUCUUCGCGGGGAAGCAGCUCGACGAUGGUCGCACCCUGACCGACUACAGCAUCCACAAGGAGUCCACGAUCCACCUCGCGCUGCGCCUCGUCGGCGGUGGCAAGGGCGGGUUCUACCCCACCAGGAUGGAGCCUAACCUGCGCAUGCUCGCGCUCAAGUACAGGCAGCACAGGCUUGUGUGCCGCAAGUGCUAUGCACGCCUGCCCCUCAGGUCUGCCAACUGCCGCAAGAAGAAGUGCGGCCACAGCAAUGACAUCAGGCCCAAGGAGAAGCUGCGCCCCCACUGAAGCGUUGGAAACAUAACUAGGUGACAUGCGAUAGCUGGAUUAACUGGGAAUUCAAAGUUCGGUUCGAGUCUUAGUUUCAGUUAAAUGUUGCUUCUGGAAUCUAGAACCCUAUGCUCUUGUAUCAGUUUCUCUCGUAGUACUGUCCAAUUUGCUCUUGCAUGAAUGAUGAAAUUAAUCAGGUAUUUGAGGUCUACUAGCUUGAAUGGAUGAUGAAGUCAAGUAAUGCUCUUGCUUUCUAUAUUUC